CAUCUGGAGGAGCUCGCUUUCCACGAGAGGGAAGGAAAAGGGAGGAGAGUCACUUCGUCUUGGACCGGCAAAGGAACAACUCUCAUCUGCUCCCACGAUCCCGACGAGCUGUCCACUUCUACCUGCGGCUGAGAACAACGACGGCUGACGCCAGGCUGAGGCAUGUGGAGAGUUGCACAUCCGUCCUGUGAAAGUACCACUUUGUGUUGACACAAUCCCAAAGUCCCCCCAGUGGACCGCUACUGUCGGAAGUUGUUGGAGGGAAUUCAACUGGAGCUGCUCCUGCCAGAACGUGUGUGUUGUGGACCUUCUCGCGGGCGCUCUUCACCUCCCCGAGGACGAAACGACGUGUGAGAGGUGACAGUGAGCAGAAGCCGGGAACGGAGCGGCAGACUCCACCAUGCCAGUGCAGGGAGGAAAGCUGAAGCGCUGCUUGUCUCUCUGUGUCUGGAGCCGGAGUCCUCUGCUGAUGCUUGGGCUGUUUUCUCUGCAAACUCUAGCACAUGGCAACAUUUUGGACAGUAUGCUGCUGAAGUCCUCCAGCAAAGAGGCAGCGGAUGCCGGGAAAGCCAGCGGCGGGAGCGCUGCUCCGGCUUCCUCCCCUCCUCGGCUGCUGCAGUGUCACUGCGACCAUCACUGCCCAGAUGGCUCCACGAAUAACACAUGCAGGACCGAUGGCUCCUGCUUCACCAUGGUGGAGGAAGAUGGCGGAGUUCCGUUCCUGACUGCGGGCUGUGUCGGCCUGGUUGGAUCGGAGUUUCAAUGCAGAGAAACGUGGCAUCGACGUCAGAGGAAGUAUCUAGAAUGCUGCACCGAUCACGAUUAUUGCAACAAAAAUUUACGUCCUACACUGCCCCCUCUCGAACCUCCCUUGGACAGAAAGAUCCACCACGUGGCUCUGUUGGUCUCCUUCGGCAUUUGCUGCGUGGUUCUCGUCGUCAUCAUUGUUUUCUGCUACUGCAGGUACAAGCGCCAAGAGUCCCGUCCUCGGUACAGCAUCGAUCUGGAGGAGGAUGAGACCUACAUUCCUCCUGGAGAGUCUCUGAAGGAUUUGAUCGAGCAGUCGCAGAGCUCAGGUUCAGGCUCGGGGCUCCCUCUACUGGUGCAGAGGACAAUCGCCAAGCAGAUCCAGAUGGUGAAGCAGAUAGGGAAGGGGAGGUACGGGGAAGUGUGGAUGGGCAGGUGGAGGGGAGAGAAAGUGGCUGUCAAGGUGUUCUUCACGACGGAGGAGGCGAGCUGGUUCAGAGAAACUGAGAUGUACCAGACGGUGUUGCUGAGGCACGAGAACAUACUGGGCUUCAUCGCUGCUGACAUCAAAGGCACCGGCUCCUGGACGCAGCUCUACUUGAUCACCGACUACCACGAGAACGGCUCCCUGUACGACUACCUCAAAUCCACCACCCUGGACAACCGGGCCAUGCUGCGGCUGGCGUACUCCUCUGUGUCAGGCCUCUGCCACCUCCAUAUUGAGAUUUUCGGGACCCAAGGGAAACCGGCCAUCGCUCACAGAGACCUGAAGAGCAAGAACAUCCUGGUGAAGAGGAACGGCGCCUGCUGCAUAGCGGACCUCGGACUGGCUGUCAAGUUCAUCAGUGACACCAACGAGGUUGACAUCCCGCCCAACACCAGAGUGGGAACAAAGCGCUACAUGCCCCCCGAGGUUCUGGACGAGACUUUGAACCGGAGUCACUUUCAGUCCUACAUCAUGGCGGACAUGUACAGUUUCGGACUCAUUUUGUGGGAGAUCGCUCGGCGGUGUGUGUCAGGAGGUAUCCUGGAAGAGUACCAGUUGCCCUACCACGACCUGGUUCCUACAGAUCCCUCGUACGAAGACAUGAGAGAGGUGGUCUGCAUUAAGAGACUACGACCGUCUUUCCCUAACAGAUGGACGAGUGACGAGUGCUUGAGACAGAUGGGAAAGCUGAUGACAGAGUGCUGGGCUCACAAUCCGGCGUCCCGCCUCACCGCCCUGCGGGUCAAAAAGACACUUGCCAAAAUGUCAGAAUCACAAGACAUCAAGUUGUGAGUGGCAGCCCGAGCCGUCCUCCUCACCGAGCGCAGACAGGAGACAUGAAGACCCGGCAGGGACAAUCAUCUGUACCAUCAGGUCUCUCGGUGAAGACGGGGACUUCCAAACCAGUCAGAGGACUGAAAACCAGAUGCUCCUGGACUCACAGUUGGCACACCUGGCACCGCUGACGCCAGCCACCGACCGGCCAGUGGACAUCUCUGCUUUCCAUGAAAGCUGAUCUACCUGUAGAUGAAGUGAUAGAACUACCGAAGUGAUGCACUUAAAAAGCAAUGCGUUAUUGCCGCGUGACAACCUCCCUCAGACACACUGUCACCUCUGGGUUUGUUAUUUUACUGUAUCGAGACACUUCACUGUUGGUUUCUGAGCAGGUGAACGUGUGGACUCAAGAUGCCGAGGCUUUAAAAGUUUGUACUGGUGAUGUUUGUCGACACUGAAGAGAAGACGUCUGUUUGAUUUGUGAUGGAUCACUGUUAAUGUUGUUUCCAUGUAAAACCUUUUAAGACUGU